AUGGCUGGAGAGAAAAUUUCAGGAUAGGGGAAACGCAAGUGUUAACAAAAAUGUCCAGAUCAUUAGUUUAAUCUCCAUCCAAAAAGUUAAAAGUGUUGGUUUAAGUAACCUACCAACAUUGAUUUCUGUCCUUUGUACAACGAUGCUGUAACAGAUAUAUAAUAUAAUUCAAAGCUGGCCUGUUUUGAAAAUAUCGUUCCAGUCUUUAAUUAAGAUGAAUAAUAAUGUUUACCAGGUUUCAUAUUAGAAGUAGACAGAGUAAGAAUAAGUUGUAUAAUAUAAAAAUAGAAUGACUACUUGAGAAGUAUGUAGAAAUACAAAGACGAUCAUCAAAGAAAGAUAUAAGAAUAUACAAUGAAGAAGACAAAAUUGGUAUUAGAUUUGAACUAAGUUUAGUAAAUUCCAAAACCUGGUCGUAAACAUAGAUAUUGUGGAGUAUGUCGUAAACCUUAUGGAGAUUAUUUGGAAGUAUAAAAAGAUAUGUAUAAAAUAUAGCACAUAAAAUCUUCAGAUCAUAUCAAUUGUUUUAAUAAACAUGAUUUUGUUCAUGUGAUUUUAAAAAUAAUUGAUGAAGAUUAUAAACCAAGAGAUGAAAAUAAGAUUUAAAAUGAUUCCAGCACAUAUCCAUCAAAAGCUGUGAUGCCUAAAAAGAGAGGUCCAAAACCAAAAGUAUAAGUGGAAUAAAGUGAACCAAAAAAGAGAGGAAGAAAACCAAUAGAACCUUAAAUAGCAAAACGUGUAAAAACGCAACCAAUGAUUCCAAUUAGACAAUAAUAAACUAUUGCUCCUCCUCCUCCUCCUCCUUAGCCAUACUUUCCAUAACCAUAAUACUACUAUCCUUAUCAUCCAAUAAAUUAGAUGAUUCAAUAUGGGGCGUUGCAAAUACCUACACAAUUUCGUGUUAGUUUUCCAUUCCCUAUGCCUGUUGUUGAUAUGCAAAUGGAAAUGAAAUAUGAAGACAUGAGUAUCUUUAUUCCAUUACUUUAGUUGUAGAUGGCAAAAUAGAUGAUCGUUCUUAAUUUGAUUGA